GAGAAGGGAUUGAACUGAGAGGUAGUGAUUUGGAUAUCAUGGAAGUAAACACUUUAAAUGAGAUUUAUGCAGAUGAAAAAACAAGACUUAAAGAAAAUGUAACAUAUUAUAGAAUGGAAACAGACGAUGUAAAACCUGGUUUCACGCAGUUGAUAUUGGAACAAAAUGUUAAUAAAUUUGCAUCAGAAAUAUGUGAACUAUUUAACGGAAAACAUUAUUUAUCAAGUUCACUUUGUAAACAACAUCUAUUAGAUUUUUCAGAAAUUAAUAUUAUCCAUGGACCGUGUCUAUCUGACAAACACGGAGUUGUGGAUGUAGCCCUUUGCUUUCAUUGUAAGACAUGGAUACCACAAGCAUCACAGUGGAUAUCAAGACCAAAUAAUUCAUGGCCAAAUCAUGAUGUCAAACAAAGUAUUAUAAAACAUGGAGUACUUUUUGUACCAAUUGGAGUAAAAGGAUCACCAAAAGAAUUUAUCGAAUGGCGAAUAUCUUUUUUCUGUGGGUGAAAAAAUGCUCAUAAACACAUUUACACACACACAACUACUAUGCUAUGCCCUCAUGAAAAUUCUUUUGAAGGAUGUUAUAACAACCGACAAAGAAUGUUCAGAUUUACUCUGUUCAUAUUUUGUAAAAACGAUUAUUUUCUGGAUAUCAGAGGAAUUACCACAAUCCGUAUGGAAACCAAAAAAUCUUAUACCUUGUUUUAUGCGUUGCUUCAGCAGACUUAUUUAUUGUGUGAAGUAUUCAGCUUGCUUGCAUUACUUCAUUCCAGAAAACAACAUGUUUGAGAACAAAAUAGAAGGCCGUGCUCGUAAAUUACUCCUAGAUAAAUUAUAUACUCUCCAUAGUUAUGGUUGGCGGUGCGUCUUAUUUUCAGAUCAACUGUCUAACUUUCAUGUAUCAACAUGGAUGAAUCCAAUCGAAUUAACUACAUUGCGUACUGUCGAAGUUGUAAAAAUAUUGAAUUCGAAAAUGAUGAAUAUAUUAAAUAAUAUAUGUGCUGUUAACACGAUUGAUAACCACAGUUAUUUAUACAAUAGAGUGAUAAGCAAGAUAGUUUCCUGUGACCAAUCCUCACUAAAAUACUUAUAUACAUACUAUAUGUCAUUGUGGUGUACAAAAUAUGCGCAGACUAUCCCACUGACUAGUCCUAGAAGUAGUAAUAAACAUCAAUACAAACAGUAUAAAUCCUGUCUUUGUACUCUGCUACAGAGUAUUCAUCAUGACGCUGUAUCAGGAUGGCUGAUGUUAGCUUCGUUUUUCUAUCAGUCCAAACAAUAUAGUAAAGUGUUAAGUGUCCUCGUGUUCUCUUUAUCGGAAUUUACUCCCGACAAACUUAACUGCUUAAUGAAUAUGUCGGAUAUUCAUUGCCGAUUGCUCAAACUAAAAUCAUUCCAGAAAACAAGUAUUUUUAGAUUAUGGAAAAUAAUGCUAGUAGAUUUAAUAAAAUUUGAAACAAACUCGUUGUUAAUACCAAAUGAACUACAAAUAGACACGAAAAAUGGACAAUAUUCAGUUUCCUCUAUAGUUUAUGCUUAUUUCUUACAAUUUUUAUGUCAUUAUCAUCUAAAUAAUAUCAGACAAUGCCAGGAUUGCAUCAACACUUUACACCUUGUAAUAGCAGAAAACUAUAUGAUUGAAAAAGAUGCAAGUUUAAAAUCUAGAGCUUACAACAUUCUUGGUAUUGCUUUACAGUUAUCAGGAGACUAUGAAGCCGCCCGUCAAGCAUUCAUGCAUUCACUUGAGAUAUGCACUGAUCACAGAUAUAAUACUUCUAGAAAGAGACUUUUGUUGAUGAGCUCAGUGUGAUACGUUUAUUUGUACCUUCAGUUUAACAACUGGUAUUUAUAGUACAGACUUUCUCCAGACAAGUUAUUUGCUUUGAAAGAAUUUGUUUUCUCUAGAACCAUUUCUUUGUAAAAGAGGGUACAAUGCAAAGGUAG